AUGCAGAAAGCCCGGGGCACGCGAGGCGAGGACGCGGGCACGAGGGCACCCCCCAGCCCCGGGGUGCCCCCGAAGAGGGCCAAGGUGGGGGCCGGCGGAGGGGCCCCGGCGGCCGCGGCCGGGGCUCCCGUCUUCCUGCGGCCCCUGCGGAACGCGGCGGUGUGUGCGGGCGGUGACGUGCGGCUGCGGGUGGUGCCCGGCUGCCUGUGGCUGCGGAGCUGCGGGGCGCGGGACGCCGGCGCGUACAGCUGCAGGGCCCAGAACGAGCGGGGCCGGGCCUCCUGCGAGGCGGUCGUCACGGUGCUGGAAGUCGGAGUCUGGGUCCGUGUCAGCACGGAGCCGCCACCCCCAAGGACCCUUGCCCUGCAUCUGACCUCGGCGCCCCCACCCUCCGGCGAGAAAACCGGCCAUUCCCGCCGGGCCUUUGGCCGAAUCACCCAUGACUCGGAGCCGGCUGAGGAUGACAUCAGCGAUGUGCAGGGGACCCAGCGCCUGGAGCUUCUGGAUGACGGGGCCUUCAGCACCCCCACGGGGGGUUCUGAUACCCUGGUGGGCACCUCCCUGGACACACCCCCGACCUCCGUGACAGGCACUUCGGAGGAGCAAGUGAGCUGGUGGGGCAGCGGGCAGACGGUCCUGGAGCAGGAAGCGGGCAGUGGGGGUGGCACCCGCCGCCUCCCGGGCAGCCCAAGGCAAGCACAGGCAACCGGGGCCGGGCCACGGCACCUGGGGGUGGAGCCGCUGGUGCGGGCUUCUCGAGCUAAUCUGGUGGGCGCAAGCUGGGGGUCAGAGGAUAGCCUUUCGGUGGCCAGUGACCUGUACGGCAGCGCGUUCAGUCUGUACAGAGGACGGGCGCUCUCAAUCCACGUCAGCGUCCCUCAGAGCGGAUUGCACAGGGAGGAGCCUGACCUUCAGCCUCAGCCGGCCAGCGAAGCCCCGCGCCGCCCGGCCCUUCCGCCUCCCUCCAAAUCCGCGCUGCUCCCCCCACCGUCCCCUCGGGUGGGUAAGCGGUCCCCACCGGGACCCGGCGCCCAGCCCCCAGGCCCCCCCAGCUCGCCCCACCGACGUACUCAGGAGCCCGUGCUGCCUGAGGACGCCACCGGCGAAGAGAAGCGAGGGAAAAAGUCCAAGUCGUCGGGGCCCUCGCUGGCGGGCACAGCAGAGUCUCGGCCCGAGGACGAGCCUGGGAGGCCCCGGAGCCGCGGACCGGUGGGCCGGACGGAGUCGGGGGAAGGCCCGCAGCAGGAGGUUAGGCGCCGGGACCAGUUCCCGCUGACCCGGGGCAGAGCCAUCCAGGAGUGCCGGAGCCCUGUGCCGGCCCCCGCUGCCGAUCCCCCCGAGGCCAGGACGAAAGGCCCCCCGGGGCGGAAGCGGGAGCCCCCGGCGCAGGCCGUGCGCUUCCUGCCCUGGGCCACGCCGGGCCUGGAGGGCGCUGCUGUGCUCCAGACAUUGGAGAAGAACAGGGCGGGGCCUGAGGCGGAGAAGAGGCUGCGCCGAGGGCCGGAGGAGGACGGUCCCUGGGGGGCCUGGGACCGCCGAGGUCCCCGCAGCCAGGGCAAAGGUCGUCGGGUUCGGCCCACCUCCCCUGAGCUCGAGUCUUCAGAUGACUCCUAUGUGUCUGCUGGAGAAGAGCCACUGGAGGCCCCUGUGUUUGAGAUCCCUCUGCAGAACGUGGUAGUAGUACCAGGGGCCGACGUGCUACUCAAGUGCAUCAUCACCGCCAACCCCCCACCCCAAGGGAGAUUUCCCAGGACCCCCUGA